CCGCCCGUACAACACAGUUGGCGGGAACGUUUGUUAUCUUGCAUAAACAUGAAUAUGGAGUGCGCGUCACACGAGAUAUCGAGCUCAAAUGAAAACACGAAUUUAGUUGGAGUCGAAAGUGUGGUUCAGUCAUGGAUGAUUGACUAUUAUUUCGCGACACUAUGUCGGCACUUCAAAGCAAGAUCUGCGCCGGAGUUUCAUAAAGCUUUAAAAAUAUUUGAAGCUUUGGUGGAUGAGCUCGAGUCAUGUUCCCACAGGUCAGAUCAUCCUUCUCAGAGGACCAUCUGCUGCUUCCUCGCCAGAGUGAUAGACGGGGAAAACCUCGAUGUCCGUUAUGAUCGCAAUGCUCACAUCACUCCCUUGAUGUCAGCGCUGCCGAUUUGGGAGUCAUUAAAGGAAGCGUCCGAUACAGCUUUACACGCUAAGAUCAAGACGCUACUGAUUGUUCAGUCUGUUGCUGUGUGUGUGAAGAAAGGGAAUUCACAGUUGGCAAAGGAAACUCUGCAGUGGCUGGAAAAAGAGACUGAAAUACCAGAGAAACUACAAGGAAAGCUCACCACCAUUGUGAGUAAGAAAGAUGCAUAUGAUCAGCUUCUGAUGAACUUCACUUUCAACCAGCUGUUGGAGAGCGUUGACGUGUUCCUUGACACAUUCAGCCUGGAAAGAUCCUCCGUUUUCUUAAUCGAAGCAGCAUCAAAAGUAGUUCAAGCGCGUCAUGAGAGAUCAGAGAAAACCUUAUCUGAACAGGACAGAAGUGACAGGACGCCAUCCAGCCCAGAGUCAAUUCAAUCAGAAGAAAAUGAGGAACAGGUGGAUCCACUGGUGCAAAAUAUGAGACCCAAAAGGAAACUUCUUUCCAAACAAACACAUGACCUUUGGAAACCAGAAACUGCAAUGAAAGAGCGAACCACAUGCAAGAGAACCUACAUUUGCAAGGUUUCUAGGAGAAGUAGUAGCCCUUUGGAAUUACAAAGCAAUGCUAGUGUGAUGAGCAAAACCAGGAGGAAGUGGACUGUGGAAGAAGAUAGAAAGCUGAAAGCAGGUGUGAGGAAGCACGGAGAAGGCAACUGGAGAAUGAUCCUGAAUGACUAUGAGUUUGACAACCGCACCGGUGUUAAUCUUAAGGACCGAUGGAGAACCCUGAAGAAUUCUGUUCCUGGAUUUAUUUUACAGAAAGAAAAAAAAAGUUCAUUUGAAACAAUACUGUACAAAAAAACUAAAAAAAACUAAAGAGCUUUUAAUAAAUGUGAGUAAAUGUGAUGAGGUGUUUUUAAUAUAUAUGUCUAAUAGAACAUUUUGCUCAUUUGUGGAUUUUAACAAGGAGUUUGAAGAAGCAUCUUUGUUUAUAGACUGUCUAAAUGAAAAUGAAGCUGUGCACUUCUGGGCAGGAGCAGUGCUGUAGUUUCUGUACUUUCCUCCAUGUUCCUCUGCAGCGAGGACUUCCCACCGCCUGCCAGUGUAGAAGCUCAUCCCUGCAAAGAUAAGUCACUUUUAGGGUUGCAAUGGGGGGAAAGUUUCCGGUAAACUGGGAACUUAACCUGGGGAAUUUUGGAAAUAUUCCAAUUUAGACACUUAACACGAAUUUAUGGGAAUUAAUUGGAAAUUUUUAUAGAUUUAUGUGAAUUUCUAUAUAAAUUUAUAUAAAAUGUAUCAUAUACAAACAUAUAUAAACAUUUUGUUUUAACAUAAUAACAUAAAAUAACAGUUCAUUAUUUAUACAGCAUCAGCUGACAGGUACAAAACAUUAGUAUACACAUUGGGUGCUUCUUCAAUUAUAUUGUUUUAUACAACAUUCUAACAGCAAUGUUUUUUGUUUGUUUGUUUUUUUAAACCUUUUAUUCUCAACCCCAUAUAAUGGACAAAAUGGAAUUGGUUUAAAAAAAAAUUACACAAAACUUAUAAAACAAGCAUCUGCCUACUGCUCACGUGUCCCUCAUAAAAAUGUAAUGACUACAAAUGUAACAUUUAUGAUCACUUUCACAUUUUUAUGGAACUGAAGUUAAAAAAUAUAAUAAAAAUUGUGUCUUUGGUCCUUUUUAUUUUUGUAAAAAAAAAAAAAAUGUUUUCAAUUUAGAUGAAAGUCCAUAACAUGUCAGGUGGUAAUCAGCAAGAAAUGCCUUCAUUUUUAAUCGUCUUAUUUUUUUCCAAAAGAAUAGUUGAGAAUAGUUUGAUGAGGUUGGAGACUAACUGGUUUGAAGGGAGACAUUGCCUUCAAUUUUAUAUUUUUUAAUUUUGUCUCAUAUUGUGCUCUUCUUUCUGGGUCAACAUCUGCUUGCAUAUCACUUUCUGCUGCUGAUGUGGCUUACAUUUCUGACAUAGAAUGCUUAGUGUUUUAAUGUUAUGUUUUUCUAUUUUAUUUUUUUAUUAUUAAAAUUAUUUAUAAAUGAAGUGGAUAAACUCAAACCUGUCACAAAUGUUCAACCCUGAAACAAUGAGAAAUAUACAUAUAUGUGAUGGGGUUGAGGGUUUUUUGCACAAAAUGGCCACUGCUCCUCUUGUAGUGUAGUAGAGUAGACCAUAUAUGGCUGCAAUGAAAUAAGUACAUUGGAUCUAUGGAUUGAAAUAAAAUUUUGAAAAAUAA